CAACCCCGGCCUCCUCACCAGCUCCCACUCCGCUUUAACAAGAAGAAGAUAUUUUCACUCACUUCUUCUGUACCACACCAGACAGGACCUUGGUGGCCAAAGAUAGCACCACUGAGGUGUCAGACAUAGGAGCAAAACUUGCUGCAGCAAAAUGGUGAUGGUAGAUCUGAAGAUUGAGUAUUUGAACCCUCAUGUCAAGGCUCUGUGGGAGACCAACGAGCCUGUGACAGAGCACUCCGGUCAAAGUAAAGUGUCUUCUUCACAGAGAGACAGUCUCAGACACAGGAACUCUUGUUGGCACUUCAGGAAUUUUGAUUAUCACAAAGCAUCAGGACCCCGUGAGGCUGUCAGCCAGCUUCAAGAAUUAUGCCAUCUUUGGCUGAGACCAGAAGUGCACUCCAAAGAGCAGAUCUUGGAACUACUGGUGUUAGAGCAGUUCCUGUCCAUUCUCCCAAGGGAGAUGCAGACUCGGAUACAGAAGUACCAUCCAAAAACCAUUGAGGAGGCUGUGUCCCUGGUAGAGCACUUGCAGAGGGAAUCUGAUCAAAUAAGGAAUGGGGUCACAGUCCCUGAGCCAGGGAAGGAAGCAGUGUUCUUGGGAAAAACAGCAGAAGCCCCAGGCUUCAAGCUGAAGGCAGCAGAGGCUCCACCAGAGGGACUGUCCCAGGAGGAAGAAUUUUGGAAUACAUACCAGGGUCUGCAAAAACAUCAGAGCAAGAAUACUCAUAAGGAAGCCAAGACUGUAUAUGAGAGGGCUGUGCCUGCUCAACAGAUUCUAGUCUUUCCUGAGCAAACUAACACCAAAGACUGGACAGUGGCGCCUAAGCUCAUCUUGCCUGAAUCCCAGAGCUUGUUGGCAUUUGAUGACGUGGCCAUGUAUUUUUCUCAGGAAGAAUGGGAGUUAUUGAAUCCCACUCAGAAGAGUCUCUACAAUGAUGUGAUGCAGGAAAACUAUAAUACUGUCAUCUCUCUAGCAUUAUUUGUGCUUCCCAAACCUAAAGUGAUCUUCUGUCUAGAACAAGGGGAGGAACCAUGGGUUCAAGGAUCCUCAGAUUUCAAAGAGAGUCGUAGAGGAUUUUGUACAGGGUUAAAAGUAAAAAAUGACAAUGAAAAUCACCAGCCUAUAUCACUUUCUGACUUAGAAAUGCAAGCAUCAAAAGACAUAGUAUCAAAAAAGAUCAAAUUGGAAGUUUCCCAGAAAGCAACUGGCAAACAAAAUCAUGGUGAUACACACAGAGUGGGGAAAUGGCACCGAGAUUUUUCAGUGAAGAAAAGAAAGAAACUUUCAACAUGGAAACAAGAGCUGCUGAGACUUAUGGAUCUUCACAAGAAAGAUUGUGAAGGAGAGAAACCCUUUAAAUGCCCAGAAUGUGGGGAAAGCUUCAAAGUUAGCUCUGACCUUUUUAAGCACCAAAGAAUUCACACUGAAGAGAAACCUUACAAAUGUCAGCAGUGUGAUAAGAGGUUUAGGUGGAGUUCAGCUCUCAGUAAGCAUUUAACCACACACCAAGGAAUAAAACCAUAUAAAUGUUCUUGGUGUGGGAAAAGCUUCAGCCAAAAUACAAAUCUUCACACUCACCAAAGAACUCACACUGGAGAGAAGCCCUUUACUUGUCAUGAGUGUGGGAAAAAGUUCAGUCAGAACUCCCAUCUUAUUAAACACCGGAGAACCCACACAGGAGAGCAGCCUUAUACCUGUAGUAUAUGUAAGAGAAACUUUAGUAGGCGCUCAAGCCUUCUUAGACAUCAGAAACUCCACCAAUGAGAGGAAACUUAUCCAGUGUCUUCAUUCUGAAGAAAUUUACCAAAUAGAAGAGCUUGAUCCUUAAGUGGGGAAAAUGCAAAAUGAAGAAUGAGUUUUUACCAUCAGAAAAUUUGGAGAAAAUAAGCCUUGUGUUUCACAGAAAGGAAUCAAGGUUAGCUCUGCAGGGAGUGCUGGUUUUAUUUAUUUAU